AUGGGCUUGAAAGAGCAAUUAGACAAAUCCAUGGGGGAUAAGCCCACUGAUGGCAGAGGUGCGUUGGCCUGGCUGAUGCUUCCAGAGGUGUCCAGGCAGCAGGUUCCCGCAGCCCAAGGGUUUGCUCCAUUCACGGCCGCCCUGCGGAGCUGUUGCUGGCUGCAGCUGGGCCAGGAGCCCCACAUGCUUUCGGACGAACCAAAAUCGGGUGGGAUCUGCUGGCUGCAGCAGGGGAAGGAGGCCAAGUGCACCAUGAUCCUGAAGACGGGUGUGACGUGGGAGGAAUGCUGUGCCAACGGCAACGUGGACGUGGCUUGGUCUAAUUAUACCUACCCAGGCAACAAGAUCAGCCUGUUGGGCUUUCUGGGGCUGGUGACCUGCCACCCCUGCAAAGAGAGCUGCGAGGGGGUGGUGUGUGGCCCCGACAAGGUCUGCAAGAUGAAGCACGGGCGCCCCCAAUGUGCCUGUGCCCCCGACUGCUCCAGCCUGCCCCGAAAGCUGCAGGUCUGUGGCUCCGACGGCUACACCUACCGAGACGAGUGCGACCUGCUGACGGCCAAGUGCAGAGACCACCCCGACCUCGAAGUGAUGUACCAGGGCAAAUGCAAAAAGUCCUGCUCCAGCGUGGUGUGCCCCGGCACCCACACCUGCGUGGUGGACCAGACAGGCAGCGCCCACUGUGUGAUGUGCCGGACGGCUCCCUGCCCCGAGCCCACCAGCCUGGACCACGCCCUCUGUGGCAACAACAACGUCACCUACCCCUCGGCGUGCCACCUCCGGCGGGCCACCUGCCACCGCGGCCGCUCCAUCGGCGUGCGCCACUACGGGAGCUGCUCGGCUGCGGCCAAAUUCUCCCCGGAGACGGACAACGCCGAAGAGAACUACGUGUGAAUCCUCCCUCGCUGCAAGGCCGGACCCAGGAGACAGGGGCAUUAUGUGUAUAUUGUACAAACCGUAUACCUGAUAUUUAUUAAGAUAAAAAGAUCCUUAUUUAUACCUGUGUAUGUUAUGCAGUCGCAGGGGACCCGAUUCUCAGUCCUGCCGGCUGGGGAGCAGGGGAGGGGGCUCCCAGCCCGAUGGCCGGAGCGAUGCUGAGCCACCCCAGGGAUGCUCCGGUGCCUGGCAGAGCUCUCUGCCGGCCAGCGCCUGCUCCCGGCGCUCGUACAGCCCUUCCUCGUGGCUGGCGUGGUGCUGAGGGUCCCGCGUGUUGCGCCCCCCCCCCCCCCCCCACGUGUCCUUGGCCUGCAGCCCUGGGCCUAUUUAUUUUUGGAUUGAAUUCUUGGUACUCUGCUGACGUUUCUGGCCGGGACCUCGAGGUCUAGAGGGAAUCUGCGCUUUCGCCUUCCCCGGAGGGGCUCAGCCCCAGCUGCCAGUGGCAGGAAAGGCAGCACGGUGCUGCA